AAUGGAUAAUCCUCCUCCCACUCCCGUUUACCUAGAAAACGAAACCAGAGACGGGGAUAAAUAGCCUCCAACACGGAUCAACCUGAGAGCACUCAAGAUAGCAGGCAAAAGAAUUGUGGAAAAUGUAUCUGGCCUUUGAUUCAGCGCUGUGAGCCCCAUGGCUGAUGCUGAUACCUCAGAGGAUGAGGCAUUUGAGGAUGCCAGUGAGUUCUUAGAAGAUGAAGAGUCUCUCUUAUGCACAUCUUUGACACAUCAGUCAUUUGAAGAUGACAGCAAAGAAAAUUGUGUACUAACUGAUGGUGUUCCAGCUCCAGGUGACCUGACCAUACAGAGCAUCAGCACUCACUCUGCUGUUCUUAUUUGGGACCCGCCUGAGGGGAUAGUCACCUUUGAGCUCAGCUGCUUCACCGAUGGAGAACAGACAGAGACCAGGACCACCAACUCCAACAGUGCUGAAGUAGAGAAGUUGAAACCUGGGAGAGAGUACACCUUCAGUGUUGCCUCAGUCACAGAAAAGGAUCGGCGGAGUCUGCCAGUUACUGUGACCACGCACACUAAACCGGUUCCUCCAGAGAGAAUCAAGGUGGACCAUGUCAGUGCAGACUCUGUCUCCCUCAGCUGGGAGUCACCUGACUUCCCGGUGUGGGAGUACCAUGUGACCUGCUGGCAGGGAGAUCAACUCGUCCAGGAGAUGACUACUAAGUCCAAUGAGGCUACAUUCAACAACCUCUCUUCGGAUGUUAAGUACUCCAUUAAAUUCACAACCGUUCUUGAGAAUGGCAGUGAGAGCAAGAUGGCCACCAGAUAUGCACACACAAAGACCAAUCUGGAGGGCCUCCUGGUUAGCCUUGGGUUGAUGAACCACUUCAAGGACAAGCUCUCACUCAGCAGUGUUCUUCAAAUUAGCGAGAAGACCAUCACAGACAAAGCCCCUACAUCGCUUUCAUCCUUGCCUUGGUGUUUCUUGAAGAGAUUAAUGAUGGUAAAUGUGACAGCUAGAAGUGUGAAGUGUGUUUCUGCUGUUGAUGAGAACGUAGACAGUGCAGACUUUGAUAUUUACAAUGACUUGGACAGCCUUGUGGAUUGCAUGGACUCAAGCAUUGUGGUAAACCCUUUAGAUAUUGUGACCGCUUUGUUUCUAUGCUCAAAUGGCUUUCUCCAGCAGGAGAUGGCCUUGAAAAUGUCCAUGUGUCAGUUCUCAGUGCCUUUGCUUCUUCCAUGUUGUGAUACAAAUCAGCCAAUGUUUAUGCUGUGGGCUUUGAGGGAUAUUGUUAAGAAGUUCAGACCACACUCUCUUGGGGAUCCUAGGGGAUUUGUAGAAGAGAGGAUUGUUCUCUCUGCUCUGCCAAUGAUAUCGUUUGUCAGGUUAGGCAAAUGUGGCUUUUCAAAAUCACAAAUCCUCAACAAGUUGCUCAGCAACCCUCAGCAGUACCAUGACACCUUCCUUCACCAUGAUAUGGACUGUGGGGAUAGUACAAGGAAGAUCUCUGAUGGAUUGGUGGAAAUUAGCUGGUACCUUCCUUGUGGAAAAAAAAACAUUGACAUUUUUCCUGAGCCAGUGGCUGUGGCCAACUUAAGAGGGGACAUUCACUCAUUUGAAACACAGUACUCCUUCUUGUGUCAGACAUCUUCAGCUGUUUUUGUCUUAUUUGACAGUUUGGAUGCAGAACAUAAAAUACUGACAACUCAACAUCACAAGGCACAGUUGUUCUUGGUGGGCAAUGCUCAAAGCAAGAACUUCAACAGGGAUGCGUUAAAGUCGAUAGCCUCUCAACUUAACUUGAAGAAAGCCAAUAUAAUUCUGAAAGUCAAACAAAUGAAUGAUGCCGACUUCGUGAAAAGUCUGCGUUCAACCAUAACAAACUGGCUAAAGAGUGACCCAUCCAAAAUGCAGCUGGAACAAAUGGCUGACAUUGCCAAUGAGCUUGGGAUCUGUGUAGAUGAGGAUACGAAGGAGUGCCAGAAUGCAAAGAUAAAUGCAUUUGAAAUAACUUCAAAAAUUGAGGACACAUUACAGUUCAAGGAGAGCCAACUCCCCUUGCAAGGGAAGAUUUGGAAGGAGCUGGCAAAACUUGAAAAGGAAGAGUGCAGACUAAGAAAAGCUGGAGAUCAAAAUAUAGAACACUACAAGAGUGAUCUUCAGGAACAGAAGAGGAACCUCAGGAAAGAGCAGCGUAGCUAUGACAUGUCAGAAGCCAUGACGUGUUUCAUUGAUGCAUUAACAACUUCUGGACAAGAGAGGUCUUACUUUUUGAAAUGGAUGAGAAUGAACUUGGACAACUUGUCAAGGAAAAGUCUCACAGGACUGCGAGACCAAUAUAAGGAGAAAUGCCAGAAUUCAAUGGUAAAUAAGGAAGAGAUCAAGGAACUUGACAAACAGAUUUCCAACAGCUCUUUGGGAAUAGAGCACUUUGUGCGAGAAAUGGGCCAGCUCUAUGAAUCCACGUUACAUCUGCCAAAAACUUCAGAAGCCCGACAGCAAAUGGGGCAUUUGCCUGACCUGUGUGCCAAGUUACUGCUAGAUGGCUUUCCCCUGGAACUUGUGGAUGGGGAUGCCUCCAACAUACCGAUGAAGUGGGUGAGGGAUGUGCUGCUGCAGCUUGAUAAUCUGGUGAAGCCCAGAAACAAGAUCCUUGUAGUUACUGUCUUAGGGGUCCAGAGCACAGGGAAGUCCACUCUCUUGAACACAAUGUUUGGGGUACAGUUUGCUGUUAGUAGUGGGAGAUGUACAAGGGGAGCUUUCAUGUUGCUUAUAAAAGUCAAUGAUGACCUCCGUAAUAAGAUGGAUUGUGAUUAUGUGGUGAUCAUUGACACAGAGGGAUUGAAGUCUCCAGAACUGGCUCAGCUUGAUGACAGCUAUGAGCAUGACAAUGAAUUGGCCACUCUUGUGGUCGGACUUAGUGAUGUCACAAUAAUUAACAUCGCCAUGGAGAACUCUACUGAGAUGAAAGACAUUCUCCAGAUUGUGGUGCAUGCGUUUCUAAGGAUGAAGGAAAUAGGAAGGAAACCAAUUUGUCAGUUUGUACACCAGAAUGUGGCAGAUGUGUCUGCACAUGACAAAAACUUGAGGGACAGGAAGCUCCUUCUGGAACAACUAGAUGAGAUGACUCAGGCAGCAGCCAAAAUGGAGGGCAAGGAGGAGAACCAGAAGUUCACAGACGUGAUGGAGUAUGACCCAGAAAUAGGAAACUGGUACAUUCCUGGACUGUGGCAUGGAAAUCCUCCUAUGGCUCCUGUCAAUGCAGGUUAUAGUGAAGCUGUCUAUGACUUCAAGAAGACCAUGGUCCAAGUGUUUGGAGACUGUAAUACGUCUGGAAACAUUAAAGCUUUUCUGGAGUGGACAAAGAGUCUGUGGAAAGCUGUCAAGUACGAGAAUUUCAUAUUCAGCUUUAGGAACAGUUUGGUGGCAGAUGCCUACAUGAGGCUAUGCACAGAGUACAAUAAAUGGGAGUGGGAUUUCAAGAAGCACAUGUACUCAUGGCUCAUCAGCGCAGAAACUACAAUCUCCAACUUUGAAGUCACCAGGACUGCAUUGAACAGUGACAUCAAUGACUUUCUUUGUCAGGUGAAAACCAGUGCUGUCUCAGAACUUGACCAGAGGGAAAAAAUCAUUCUUAACAGCCUGACCGAUUACUUCAAGCAGUCAGAGGGGCAUGUUUAUCUUGUGGAGCAAUACCGUGAGGAUUUUGCAAACAGUGUAAAAUCUCUCCGAAGGGACUUGGAAAACUCGGUGUUGAGCAAACUUGAACUUGCAAUUUGUAUCAGCAAGGGGAUGCGAAAGUUGGAGAGCAUUAAAAAAAAACACAGAGAUCUCAUGGAAAAGAAAGUCCUCACUUUACUUGAGAAAUGCAAGACCAGUGGUUCAAGGAAGACUGACUCAGAGCUUGAGGAAAUAUUUGAAAAAGUGUGGGAAGAGACUUUGGCAGAAUUAGCAGUCCGUGGAUUACAGCGUAAGAACAUUGCGAGUAAUGUAUACCACCUACUAAGGUCAAAUUUGAAACAGAGAGGAGGGUCUGUGCAUGAAAUGAUAAACAAAGUCAAUCUGUCAGAGUGGGGUACACAUCCUUUUACUGUUACUCAUGAUAACUUCAUCCAGAGGUUUGUUCAUCAUGUUAAAAAGCUUUUCUCAGAAGACUACAAAAUGAUGGCCCAGAAAGUGGCAGAUAAUCUCAUUCAGAAAUGCUUGUCAUUUGUUGAUGAAAAAUGUCUUGGGACAUCUGACUAUCAUGAAACCUACAUUGAAGAGAUUCUGUACAAGAUUGACAACAUGCUAUCCUCCAACCGUAAGCUUCACACUAGUGAAACAUUCGAAGUUUCUCUAAAACUCCAUAUUUGUGGAAUCGCUGCCAGACAUUUUCAGGACAUGCACGAUCGUUUCAUACAUGACAAUGACCCAUGCAGGUGCCUUGAACAGUUCAAAGCAAAGUAUUCCUCAGAUUUCAUAGACCUGUACAAUGAGCGAGACCAGUGCAAGAGGAAGGCAGAAGAAUUUACAACUUUGUGCCUUAAACCUGCUGUGGAGGCUUGGGUUGCAGCCUCUCUAGGUCCAGACAUAGUUGAUGAAAUGUUGGUUGGAAAAAAUGCACAGCAGUUCAGCACCAGGGCAUUUUUCCAGUAUUCACUCCUGAAAGAGCUGCUCUUGAAAAGCAACUUUAAAAAUUAUGAGAGAUAUAUCAGCUCUUAUGAGCAUUUUGUGAAGGACUGGAUAUCUGACCAGAUCAGGGAGCACUUUGCAAAUGGAAAUAAGAUGGCACAACUGGAGGACAGGCAUCUCAGAGCAAUCUCUUCAGAAAUACAAGCGGCUAUUCAAACUGCACAGAAGCAGACAAAUUCAGGGGCCACUGUUAAGGAAUUCAUUCAGAAGAUUUGUAAAGAACUUGAAGCAAAAUUAGCAAUUCCCAAGGAUGUACUUGAUGCCGUCAUGUCUCUCAGCAAUGCAAAGGUGGAAUCAUUUGGCCAUUCACUCUCAGGGUUCAUCCAAGACCUUGAAAAGUCACUGAAAGAGAAGUUCCUGAAGCUAGAUACUCAAGCAAGACUCCAAAAUCUCAAAAUGAAACCGCAGGAUGAACUGUUUAAACGAGUUUUCGGAUGUGGCAAGCGGUGUCCAUUCUGCAUGACACCCUGCGAAGCUGGUGGGGAGGCUCACACAGAUCACUGGGCUUCAAUCCACAGGCCUAAGGGACUGGGCACCUGCAGAUAUGUACAGACAGAGAAACUAAGUACUGAAAUUUGUUCUUCAUCCGUGUUCGGUAAUAGAAAGUUUCAGUGCUUUGAGACAAACCACGAGUACCAUCCUUAUAAAAAAUACCGUGAGAUUUUCCCUAAUUGGCACAUUCCAGCAGACGCCAGUAUUCAAGCCUCAGAUUACUGGAAGUAUGUCAUGGUAAAAUUCAACAAAAAGUUUGCUGAAGAGUAUGAGGCAAAGCCAGCUGACAUUCCCCCUGUUUGGAAAACAAUCACCAAAGAACAAGCUGAGGAUAGCCUUAAAGAAUCCUUUAGUAUCAAGUAAAUCAC